AUGGCGCAGGUGCUGCCAGCGAAGCGCCCUCUUGGGCUGUCGCAUCGCUCCCAAGCAAGUGUGGACAGCUUUGCACCCCGACGUAAACGAACCCGCUUGUCUCAUGAGCCCUCCAUAGAGCCGAGCGAGGAUGAUGCCAACUUGUACGCCUCUGCAGACGAACCAUCGCCAGAACCUACGGAAGCAGACAUACACGGGGACGAUGAGGCUCGCUUCGCGCGUGCCUCCCAGAUCGUGCGGAAGAGCUUCAGGAAGGAAAGCGACAAUACACCGGCGGAGUCUGGCAUUAUCGAAGAGAUUGGCUGCACCAAUUUCAUGUGCCACGAACAACUCACCGUCAGACUCGGUCCGCUCAUCAACUUCAUUAUCGGCCACAACGGCAGCGGCAAGAGUGCGGUUCUAACUGCUCUGACCCUGUGUCUCGGUGGCAAAGCAACCGCCACCAAUCGCGGCCAAAAUCUGAAGAGCUUCAUAAAGGCAGGGAAAGACUGGUCUACUCUCUCGGUCAGGAUAAAAAACCAAGGCCCAGGAGCAUACAAGGCCGAUCAGUACGGCGAUUCUAUCAUCGUCGAGCGCCAUUUCACACAAAAUGGCACUUCUGGGUUCAAACUGAAGGAUCGGAAUGGCAAGAUUGUCUCUGUGAAGAAAUCGGAAUUGGAAGAUAUUAUCGACCACUUUGGCCUGCAAAUCGACAAUCCCCUGAACGUUCUAACGCAGGACAUGGCACGCCAAUUUUUGAACGACUCCAACGCCAAAGACAAGUACAAGUUCUUCUUGAAAGGAACGCAGCUGGAAACCUUGGAUCGCGAUUAUUCCCAAAUUCAGCAGGAACUCGAGGAGCAGAAGGCCAAACACCAGACUCUGGAUAAGGAUGUCAAGGAGCUAGAAAAGAUAUACAGCCGUCUUGAAAAGAAGGCACAAGCUGCACGCGGUCUUAAGAAGUUGCGUGCUGAGGAAACUUUACUCGAGCACCAAGGAGCUUGGUCAUUCGUUGCCAACGACGAACUCGAGGCAGCCGAGUGCGAAGAAAAAAUAUCUGAGAUAUCCAACACGAUUCAGCAACGUAAGGCCGAAGCCGAUACAGCGUCCGAAAAUUUUGCGCGCCUCGACAGAGCCGUGAACGAGGCAACAGCGGCUACAGAAGAAUGUCAGGCCGCACUAGAACCAGCGCAGGACGAGGAAAGGGAGGCCAUUGCUAGUUUCACGGAGGCAAGGACAAAACUCUUGGAGUUCAAGAAUACUGAACGAUCUGUGGUUGGAGGAAUGGAGAGGACGAAGAAAUCUAUGGAGCUCACCCAAUCACAGAUUGACGAACACAAACAACGACGAGAACUAGCAGAUGGAGGCCUCCACGCACAGAAAGUCCGCGAGUUGGAGGACGCCAAGGCAGUGUACGAGCAGCUUAAAUCAGUUUGGGGGAAUCACGAUGAAGCCCUACCUACUUUGAAGAAUGAGUCGAAAGAGGCGCAGAUUAACCUUCAGCGAUUAAAGGCCCAGUUGGAAACUAAUGAGCGCGACGAGACGCAGUCCAAGAUCAAGAUCCGCACGCUUGAGCAAGGCCAAGGUAACUGGACCGAUGCUUAUCCCAAUGGCGAGAACCUGGCGAAGUUGUUGAAGGCAAUCGCGGCCGAGCGAGAAUUUCACGAAAAGCCAAUUGGGCCUAUAGGUCACUACGUGGAAUUGAAGCAUCCAAGGUGGUCGUCUGUACUCGAAAAGACAUUGGGCGGCGUCCUCAACGCGUUCGUUGUGACGAACAAGGCAGAUGAAGUCAUUCUGUCGGACAUGAUGAAGAAAUUCAAUUAUCACGCAACUGCAUACAUCAUCUCGAGGACUGAACGACUGAAUACAACUGGUCACACGCCCCACGCUGGGCUGUUGACAAUGGAAGGAGCAUUGAAUAUUAGCCAUGAUUUAGUACGCAAUUCGCUGAUUACCAACCAAUCGAUCGAGCAGAUCGUCCUCAUACAAAAUCGCCAGGAAGCCUCGGAGCUUGCUCAUCGCAGUCCUGCUCAGCGACCAAACGUGAAAGCAAUCUACUGUUGGUCCGACCAAAGUCACAGACUUGGGCAUGCGUUCAGUAUGAACAAUGCGACAGGCACUACUAGUAUGAGUGCAAUACCAGAGUUCAAAGGACCAAUUCGCAUGCAAGCAGACAAGGGGCACCAUAUCCAAGAGGAGAAGGAAAACCUUGCCAGGAUUCAACGAGAAGCCAGGGAUCUGGAAGCAAGUGUUCAAGCUGCGCAAGUGCAAUACACCGCCGCUCAAGCAACACUUCGUAAUCACAACACCGCCAAGAAGACCCUCCAGAAAGAGAUGGAGCAAGCCCAGGAGGACGUGGACAGACUGGACGGGGAAGUGGCUGCUUCUGUGCCAGACACGGCUCAACUCGAACAGCUUGAGAAGGAGCUUGAUGAUUUCCAGCAGCAACUGCAGUUGGACAAAGACCAGUACGAAGACUUGAUUGGUGAAAAGGACAGUGCUAGCAAGAACUCCAAGGAACACAAGCGAAAAGCCGACGAUGCAACCCGGGCCGUGAAGGUUCUUCAGGACAGGCUCAACAAAUGCAGGCAGGAGGCCCACGAACGGACGCAAGCGCGCGAAAAAGCACUGCGCCAGAAGAACAGGGCAAUAGACCACGUGCAGAAAGCUGAAGAGACAAAGGCCGAUUGGCAGCGAAGGCUCGAUGAAGUGCAAGUCGACCUCGAGACUCACACCGAAGAUGCGAGGAAUAUUUGUGAGCGGGUGGAUGUGCCUCGCGGAGCAACGUUCGACAGUUUAAAUCGGAAACUCGAAGAAGCCAGGAAGAGACGCGCUCACCUGGAGAAAGAGCUCGGAGGCUCGCAGGAGGCACUUGUAGCCCAGGCCCUUGCAGCCAAGAAAGCAUGGGAAGAGGCAGAGGUAUUUGUCAAGAACGGCGAGGCACUCAGGACCAGUCUCACGCACGCGCUCAACCAACGGAAAGAACAUUGGAAACAGUUCCGCAGCAACAUAUCGAUGCGCGCAAGGGCGACGUUUUGCUACCUCCUUUCGGAGCGGAGGUUCCGUGGAGUGCUCUUGGUUGACCACAGCAAAAAGGCGCUCGAGAUGACUGUUCAGCCGAGUGGGGACGUCAACGAUCACGUUGGAAGACAGACCAAGACCCUCUCUGGUGGCGAAAAGUCCUUCUCGACUAUUUGUCUCUUGCUCGCGCUCUGGGACGCGAUGGGAUCGCCACUGCGGUGUCUUGACGAGUUCGAUGUCUUCAUGGACAGUGUCAACCGGGACGUCAGCAUGAAGAUGAUCAUCCAAGCUGCGGCGAGGUCAGUGGGACGACAGUACAUCUUGAUCACACCGCAGGCGAUGAACAACAAGGACGUGAGGAGCAUGCGAGACGUGACGGUCAUCAAGAUGACGGACCCUGAGCGGGGCCAGACAGCGCUCAACUUUUCACGGUAG